UUCACUGAGGACUUACUUUUCAAUCAGGACUCAUGUAUUCCCUAAAAGUAAUACAACAUAAUUAUAUGUUGUUUUCGUUUAAACAGAUUCCUUAAUGAAGGUGAAGUAAAGAGAGAACCAGUUUCACCAAACAAUCAGAUAUUGACUUUGUGGAUACAAGAAGAGAUCAGUCGCCGCGCUAUACAACUGGAUACAAAAUGGCGGCGUCCCUGGGUCUGAUCGGAUCGGUUUCAUAUUAUAUUUUUUAUUUAGUUGUGUCGCUGGAACUGUUAAUCAAUUACGGACUGAGCUCAGAUAUACCGUGUCCUCAUAACUGUACAUGUUCAGUAGAUACGGUGGACUGUAGCAACUUAUAUUUGACUGAUAUCCCUGAAGACUUGCCGAUUCGGACGGUCUAUCUAAAUCUGAGCCACAACAAGCUGACGGCAGUAGAUUCAAACCUCUUCUCCCAACUGCCUAACCUACGAGAAGUACGACUCGAUCACAAUGAGUUAUCGUCCAUCCCGUCUUUUGGAGAGCACUCUUCAGGCAUCGUUUCACUUUACCUGCACCACAAUAAGAUCCGUAGUGUGGAUGGGACGCAGCUGAAGGGGUUAACCAGCCUGGAGACUCUGGACCUGAGCAAUAAUGACAUCACCGAGCUGCGUCAAGAUUGCUUCCCCGCAGACCUCCAGAUCAAAGACCUGUAUCUAAGCAGCAACAAGAUCACCCAGCUGGAGCCAGCCACGUUUGACCAGCUGUCCGGUAGCCUCCAGGUGCUUCGUCUGAGUCGUAACCGCAUCUCCCAGAUCCCAGUCAAGGCCUUCCAGCUGCCCAGACUCACACAACUGGAGCUGAGCAGGAACAAACUGAAAUUGAUCGAGGGCCUCACCUUUCAGGGGCUGGACAGCCUGGAGGUGUUGAAACUCCAACGGAACAACAUCAGCAAGCUCACAGACGGAGCUUUCUGGGGCCUGGCUAAGAUGAGAGUUCUUCACUUGGACUACAACAGUCUCAAGGAGGUGAACAGCGGCUCCCUGUACGGCCUCUCCUCCCUGCAGCAGCUCUUCCUCAGCAACAACUCCAUCUCCCACAUCAACCCUGACGGCUGGCGCUUCUGCCAAAGGCUGCGAGAGCUGAACCUUUCGUACAAUAACUUGACUCGACUGGACGAGGGUAGCCUGGCCGUGCUGGGAGAUCUACACACUCUGCGUUUGGGACACAACUCUAUCAGCCACAUUACAGAGGGAGCCUUCAAAGGGCUGAAGAGCCUGCGUGUCCUGGAGCUGGACCACAACGACAUCUCAGGCACUAUAGAGGAUACCAACGGAGCCUUUACUGGACUGGACAACCUCAACAAACUAACUCUGUUUGGAAACAAGAUCAAGUCGGUGGCCAAGAAAGCGUUCUCAGGCCUGGAGGCUCUCGAGCACCUGAACCUGGGGGAAAACGCCAUCCGCUCCAUCCAGCCUGAGGCCUUUGUCAAAAUGAAGAAUCUUCGCAACCUGCAAAUUCAGAGCGACAGUUUUCUCUGUGACUGUCAACUGCACUGGUUUCCCGAGUGGCUGGUGUCACGAGGACUCCAGGCUGGGGUGCAGGCCACGUGUGCCCACCCCGAAAGCCUGAAAGGCACCAGCAUCUUCCAGGCUCCGCCACAGAGUUUUGUGUGUGACGACCUUCCUAAGCCCCAGAUCACGGUGCAGCCUGAGAGUACGGUGUCUGUACUGGGUCAGGAUGUGCAGAUGACCUGCACCGCGGCCAGCAGCAGCAGCUCCCCCAUGAACUUCGCCUGGCGCAAGGACCAAGAACUACUGCGCAACGCCGAGGUGGAGAACUUCGCCCACGUACGGGCCGGCGACGGAGGCGUCAUCGAGUACACCACCAUCCUGCACCUGCGCCAUGUCACUUUUGCCCACGAAGGGCGGUACCAGUGCAUCAUCACCAACCACUUUGGCUCCUCCUACUCUAACAAGGCCCGCCUCACAGUCAACGUGCUGCCCUCGUUCGUGAAGACUCCCCGUGACAUCACAAUCCGGGCGGGCAACAAGGCUCGGUUAGAGUGCGCUGCCGAGGGGCAUCCCGCGCCCCAGGUCGCCUGGCAGAAAGACGGCGGGACCGACUUCCCGGCGGCUCGAGAACGGCGCAUGCGCGUCAUGCCCGACGACGACGUCUUCUUCAUCAUGGACGUGAAGCCCGAGGACAUGGGGGUGUACAGCUGCACGGCCAAAAACACCGCAGGAAGCGUUUCGGCCAACGCCACCCUCACCGUGCUGGAGACUCCGCACCUGGCUCAGGAGAUGGAGGACCGCCGCGUGCUCGUGGGGGAAACGGUAGCUCUGCAGUGUAAGGCCCUGGGCAGCCCCCCGCCCCGCAUCACCUGGCUGAGGGGAGAGGAGCCGCUGCGACCCACCGAACGCCACCACUUCACCCCCGGCAACGAACUCCUGGUGAUUGGCGGCGCGACCCUAGAGGACGCCGGCCGUUACACCUGCGUCAUGUCCAACACGCUGGGCACCGAACGCGCCCACCUCCAGCUCACCGUCCGCCCGCAUUCCGAGGUCUGCGCGGCCCCGCCCGGGCCCAGCACCGUCACGGUGGGCAUCAUUGUCAUCGCCGUGGUAACGAGCAUCGUGGUGACGUCACUCGUCUGGGUGUGUAUCAUCUACCAGACCAGGAAGAAGAGCGAAGAGUGUAGCGUCACCAAUACAGACGAAACUAUUGUACCUCCUGAUGUGCCAAGCUACCUGUCUUCCCAAGGGACGCUCUCUGAGAGACAGGAUGUGUGCAUUCGUGUGGAGUCCAGCGGUGGCUCCCAGGCCAAUGGGCACAUAGAGAGCAAUGGUUUUGAUAGGCCAGGGGUGUGUUCAGACUGCCUGGAAAACGGCAACAGUUACUCCAAGCACUCCGCUUACAUCCCUCAGGGGUUAAGCUCGUCGGGGCUGGAGUAUCAGCAAACACACCAACCGGCGACGUUUACCGCACCGCCGGCAGGAGAGACCAUUCUCCAUCCCACGCCCCACUGCAACGGGACCCCUAACGGGGUCAGGAGAGAAGGCCAGGCGCCCAUGUUCCCAAGCAACCAUGACAGAGCGGCGUCGCAAAAGAAACAAAAUGACAGAAAAGGGUCGUCAGCGAACAGGAUGGGGACGUCGGCGUGCCCUCCGUCGUACGAGGAGGUCUAUCACGGGCCUGUUAAAGUGACCCCUUUAACCCCACACUGUGUGGACAAUGACUGUAGCUUAGAGCUCACGCAGACCCUACUGUCAAACGGACAUGCGCAAAGACCCUCCCAGUGUGAGAGCGCCUCCCUCAGGCGGGCUAGCGACUAGCACCCAAAAACGGGCCCUCACUAACACUCUAUGAAAGUUACUUUUUGUGUUUAGUUUUUUUUUUUUUCUUGUUUUGUUCUUUGCACUGAGAACUGCUACCUCAGACUGGGAGGAACAGAGCUCGCAACGUCUCCGCGGAGACGGAGACAGCCGGAGUUUGAAGGUGAGGCUUGGGGAGAGACGCGCGUGGUGCGUCUUAACUGAGCGUUUUGACUGUACAUAAUUUUAAAUCCUCCCAAGGGAGAUAAGAAACACAGGUGAAAAAGAAAAA